AUGUCUGGUAAAGACGGCGUUGUCUCUUCUGAAAAGGGCGAGGCUAUUCCUGAGUAUGAAGGCACCUCUCAUGUUCUUCCCAAGGAGGCUGGUGCUUCUUACUCCGAGGAGAGCUUUUUGACUCGCAACGGCCUCACAAUCGAUUCCUUCAAGCCGAAGCACUAUGGCCAGGGCAUUGUCGAGCUGGAGCGGCCGAUGAAGGCGCGCCAUCUGCACAUGAUUGCCAUCGGUGGCUCCAUCGGUGCUGGUUUUUUCGUCGGUUCCGGUGGUGCGUUGUACAAGGGUGGUCCCGGUAGUGUCUUGAUCGAUUUCUUAAUCAUCGGUGUCAUGAUGUUCAACGUCGUCUAUGCUCUCGGUGAGCUCGCAGUCAUGUACCCUGUCUCUGGUGGUUUCUAUACCUAUUCGACUCGCUUCAUCGAUCCUUCUUGGGGUUUCGCAAUGGGAUGGAAUUACGUCUUCCAGUGGGCCGUCGUGUUACCUCUCGAAUUAACAGUGUGUGGUAUCACCAUACAGUAUUGGGAUGAAAAUACAUCCCUUGCUGUGUGGAUUGUUGUCUUCUUGCUUCUUAUCGUCAUCAUCAACGUCUUUGGCGCUCUUGGGUAUGCUGAGGAAGAGUUCUGGGCUUCUACGUUCAAGCUUGGAGCCACUGUUGUCUUCAUGAUCAUCUGUCUCGUUCUGGUGCUCGGUGGCGGCCCAAAGAGCGGCGCGUACAGCGAGUAUCAGGGAGCCAAGCUCUGGUAUAACCCUGGUGCUUUCAAGAACGGGUUCAAGGGCUUUUGCUCUGUCUUUGUCACCGCCGCCUUUGCCUUCUCCGGUACUGAACUGGUUGGUCUGGCCGCUGCGGAAUCUAGCAAUCCCGUUCGCGCUCUUCCCGGCGCCAUCAAGCAGGUCUUUUGGCGAAUUACCCUCUUCUAUAUCCUUGGUCUCUUCUUUGUCGGCCUCCUGAUUAACUCGGAAGACCCGUCGCUCCUGUCUAACUCAGCCUAUGCUGACGCCAAGGCUUCACCAUUCGUUCUUGUUGGAAAGUAUGCCAACCUGAAAGGAUUCGAUCAUUUUAUGAACGUUGUCAUUCUUGUCUCCGUCCUUUCUAUUGGUGUUUCUGGCGUUUAUGGAGGCUCCCGCACGCUUACUGCCCUUGCGCAGCAGGGAUACGCGCCUAAGAUCUUUAGCUAUAUCGACAGAUCCGGUCGUCCGUUGUUCUCGGUUCUGAUCCUCAUUGCUUUCGGUUUCCUUGCUUUCGUUAGCUUGGCUUCGUCUGGUGCCGUCGUUUUUGAUUGGUUGCUCGCUCUCUCUGGUCUCGCAGCUCUGUUCACCUGGGGAUCGGUCUGCCUUGCUCAUAUUCGAUUCCGCGCCGCUUGGAAGUACCACGGUCAUACUCUUGAUGAGAUUCCUUUCAAGGCCGUUGGCGGUGUCGCAGGUUCCUGGCUGGGCUUGAUCCUAAUCGUCCUUGUCCUCAUUGCCCAGUUCUAUACCGCGGUUGCUGCCCCCGUUGGCCAAUCCGGUCUUGGCACGGUUGAAGGGUUUUUCAAGUCAUACCUAGCCAUGCCUGUCGUGCUUUUCUUCUGGGCUUGCGGUUUCGCGUGGAAACGCACAGGUUGGCUUACUAUUGCGCAGAUGGAUGUCGACACUGGUCGUCGUGAGCUUGACUGGGAAGAGAUCAACGCUUAUCGGGCACGCAUUGCCGCCUACCCUGCUUGGAGACGUCUUCUUCAUCACACAUUCUAG